AUGGACCUGAACCCGAACCCUAACAUCAUUCCCUUUGACGACACGUACAUUCUAUACGAUUCGGAUGAUCCGCUAUCGUUCAUUUGUGCGUACCUGUCAUUAUUCCCGAUCUUGAUCCUGACGUUCUAUCUUUCAUGGUUCAUCACGACCCGAGAAAUGGAAGCCUGUAUCAUGGCAGCGGGCCAACUAUGCAACGAAUUGAUCAAUAAUGUAGUCAAGAACAAGAUCCGUCAACCACGUCCGCCUCAUCCAGAACUUGUUUCGUCGUUCCAGAGAGACACGUUACGUUCCGGCUACGGGAUGCCCAGUGCGCAUUCACAGUUCAUGGGGUUUCUCACCAUGUACAUGUUGUUGCGGGUGACUUACAACUGGGCCGGAUUGAGUAGUGUGAAGAAGCACGUUGGUGCAUCAGCAGUGUUUGGCCUGGGCGUAUGUGUGUGUUUCUCGCGGAUCUACUUGAAAUACCACUCGUUGGAGCAGGUGCUUGUUGGGUGGUGCUUCGGUGUGUUCAAUGGAGCGGGAUACUACGCCGUGGUUGGGUUGCUACGAGAGAUGGGUAUUGUCCAGUGGGUAUUGCAAUGGGGGAUCAUGCGAUGGUUGUAUGUGAAGGAUUCUUGGAAUGGCGAUGCAGAGAAGACACUGAAGAGCGAGUUCGAAACCUGGCAGCGCCGUUCUUGUGCUAACGGUAUUAGAAAUAAGAAGGUCGAUUGA